AUGAAAAAGCAAUAAAAAUCUGAAGUUUAAAUAAAUUCAAAUAAAAAAAUUGGUGUAAAAUAAGAAAGCAAUAUAUAUGAAGAAUAAUAAAAUAAGAACAAAGAAGAAAUAGAUAAUGAACAGUAAGAAGAAAAUAUAAAUAAAAUAAGGGAAAAUGAAAAGGAAAAAGAAGAUGAAGAAGAGGAAGUAGAAGUAGAAAUUGAAGAUGAAGACGAAGAAAAUAAAAUUAAAAAUUAAAAACAUAGUAAUAAUUAAUAGAAAAAAAAUGAUGAUUUUGAAAUUGAUGAAUAAGAUGUGUAUUUAUGA